AUGUCGCUAUUGGUGACGCAGUUCCUCCAGGUGGAUGUUUUGUUUACAAAUGGUGCGCUGGUUCCAGUUGUCAUCAAUCGUCCAGCAUCUUUGAAGACUGACGAUCAAUAUCUAUACAGGCUUGUUCCGGAAACCUCUGGUCCUAAUGGCCACCACGAUAGCCGAAUCUUGGCCUACCAUCCAUACGUCAGCAUGUACCAAGAUCAAGAUGCGGGUUCCUAUGGACCUGUUCUCAUCUACCGUCGCGGGAAAAUGGAGACUGUGAUGCGGCAGAACCGUGAAUUUGUCCUUCUCUACGCGGACAAUCAGGAGUGGAACUCGUCCCUCGCGCUGCAUAACGUCCAGAAAUACCUUCCUGGUAUGGUGUCGCAGGUCACGAAUCUGUCAUACCAGUAUCCACAAAUUUCUCAUGGUCAGGGGAAUUUUAGUCUCUGGUAUCCCCAGUUCAUCAACACACCGAUGACCAACGUUACUCCUGCGAUGGCGGCAAAUUUCUUCCCCGUGAUCUCCGGGGCCACUUUGCCCACUGUCACCCUGAAUCCCGGGCAAAUGACCACCGUCUUGAUGACUGCAUUUAACCCAGGUUGGUGGCAGCUGAUCUGCCACUUUACUACACACCUGAGUAAGGGAAUGGAGGCCAAUUAUAUUGUAUACGGUGGGCCUUACGGCGAAUGUCCUCUUGAGCCUCUGGAGAAGCCCUAA